GGUCUUUCGGCCCUCGGCGGCUCCCAUCGCAGCUCCGGGGCGCGAAGCGGAGACGGCGACGGCGGCCGUGCCUCCGCGCGGGCGCGCGGGCAUGCUGACACCCACUCGGCCGGUCCCGGCGCCUCGGCUCCCGGAAGCGGAAGGGGAGCACGGCCCGGCCUGGGCGGCAGAGGCUCGGAGCCGAGUGGAGAGCGGCGGAGCGGGCGGCGGUACUUACAGAGAACCGGUAUUGAAGGGAGGCCGAUAUGAUGGAAUAUGAAAUGUAAAGGAAUAAACAAAAGAAUGACUCAAGAAGAUAGCACUUCUAAAUGCAAGUGCCAAAAAAAUCACAAUUCAUCUCAGUGAAUUUGCAAGUGUGUGAAUUGCAGACAUCAGGAUUGUUCUCUUUAAGUAAAGUUCAGAAUUGGCUUAUAGUUUUGACUGUGUAAAGCUUCACAUACAUAGCACAGAAUGCCUUAAUCUUAAGUAUACUUUUCCUGAGUUUGAUGAAUGUUUGAUAAAGGAUUGUCUUGCCUGUGGGCUGGCAGGCAGUUAUAGGACUGCAGAAUGGGUCUUCGGAUUCACUUUGUUGUUGACCCACAUGGUUGGUGCUGCAUGGGCUUGAUUGUCUUUGUCUGGUUAUACAAUAUUGUUAUAAUUCCCAAAAUUGUCCUCUUUCCUCACUAUGAAGAAGGACAUAUUCCUGGCAUUUUAAUAAUAAUAUUCUAUGGCAUUUCCAUAUUUUGUCUGGUCGCCCUAGUGAGGGCCUCCUUAACUGAUCCUGGAAGACUCCCUGAAAAUCCCAAGAUCCCACAUGCAGAGCGCGAGCUGUGGGAACUGUGCAACAAGUGUAACUUGAUGAGGCCGAAGCGCUCCCAUCAUUGCAGCCGCUGUGGCCACUGCGUGAGGAGGAUGGACCACCACUGUCCGUGGAUAAACAAUUGUGUGGGUGAAGACAACCAUUGGCUCUUCCUGCAGUUGUGUUUCUACACUGAGCUGCUUACUUGCUACGCACUGAUGUUUUCUUUCUGCCAUUAUUAUUAUUUUCUGCCACUAAAAAAGCGUAAUUUGGACCUCUUUGUUGUUCGACAUGAGCUGGCUAUCAUGAGACUAGCUGCCUUCAUGGGCAUUACUAUGUUAGUGGGGAUAACUGGACUCUUUUAUACACAACUGAUUGGGAUCAUUACAGAUACAACAUCUAUUGAAAAAAUGUCAAACUGUUGUGAAGAAAUAUCGCGGCCCCGAAAGCCAUGGCAGCAGACCUUCUCAGAAGUUUUUGGCACUCGUUGGAAGAUCCUGUGGUUCAUUCCUUUCAGGCAGAGGCAACCACUGCGAGUUCCCUACCACUUUGCCAAUCACGUCUAAACAGAUGGAUGGUGGGCACAGAUGGGUCCUCCAUGCUGGAAAUGCGUUACAGGUUUAAGAGAAUAGAACUAUGACAGUCUUCAAGUCAAUUAAAAUCCACCCACCAAUCUUAGGCAUCAUAAUGUGCCCCAGGCUUCAUUUUAAUAGUGAUCUUGAUCCUGUUGUGGGACUAAUACAAGAUCUAUAUUUAAGUUUUAAAAGCAUGUUUACUUUUAAAUUAGCCUUCCACCAGGAUUUCUUUAAAUGCGUCUGUUACUAAACUCAAAAGGCAGUGAUUAAGAUAAAACAAUUGUACAUAAAUUUUCUUCAGUACUCACAAUAUUUUAAAUUUUAAUUUAUAGGAAAUUUGAGAUGUUUUAUGUUUACCUUUAAGCAGUACUAACCAAAUUUGAAUUUAAUUCGUCAAGUUUACAAAACUGGAUACACUUUGUUAUGUGCAAAUUUUCUUUUUUGAAUAUAAGUUGAAAUGUUAUUACUAUUUGCUUUUAUAUGUGCUGCAAGGUUUUUACAAUGCAGUGAACAACAAGGGGCAGUGCCUGCUUAGGAGCCACUCUCUGAUGCUCUUCUUUCCUCCUUAAAACCACAGACGACACCAUGUGUGUAGUGCACCAACUACUACCUUAUCGUAAGGGAGAGAGUACCUUUCCCUUCUGCUGCAAUCAUUGAUUGCUAUUAGAAUAUUUGCUCCCAGGAGAAUUGUGUGUCCAGUCAGGCAUGUAUUCCUGUUUUACCAUAUGAUUCUAAUGACUGAAGAGGGUAGAAAGUUUGCAAUAAUUCCAGUUACUUCUUCAAGUGCAGUUAUAUUAGAAAGCAAAUGUUUUAAAAUGCUAAACUGGAUGCUGUGUAAUAUACAAUGUAAAGAGGAAAACUGUGCUUUUUAUUUAUCUGCCAGUAGAUCUCACUAUACACAUUGGAGAUUUAUAUAUUAUAGGAUAGAUACUGGUCAAUUCAUAUCAAAGUUUAAAAGUAGGUCACUAAAUUUAUAUACCAGUAAUCACCCAAGUUGAAAUUGAAUUUCCAUUGGCCAGUUAUAAUUUGCAUCACUCUAGAGACCUUUUAUUAAUGUCAGGAAAUUAUCGUAAAAUAGAAUGAUCUAUGGCAGUGAGGGUCCCUUAACAAACAUGAGCCUUUUGUAUACAAAGACAUUUUGUAUGACUUAAUUUUUUUCAUUUAGAAUACUGCAAAUCUAUAUGUUUGUGUGCUUUGUGAUCUUUUCCCUGAAAAAAAUAUUGAACAAAUCUACCAUUCUUGAACCAUAUACAUACUUUUCUUAUAAGUAGUUGUAAAGUAAGGAAUCAUAGUUGGGAAAUACUGUGGCUAGUUCUUUCAGAUACUGUAAAUGUCUUAUAAAAUAUUCUGAAUAGAAUAAUCUCUUUGCAGAAAUAUUAAUACCAUAUUUUCAUGUUCUAAUUAUGUCUAUUAUUUAAAAACUUAGAAGUGGCAGAUGAAAAUAUUUAUUGGUGCUAAGACAUAUAGUAAGUUUAAUAUAAGAAACAUUUAUAAAGGUUAGGAAACAUUAGGGGCUGGAUUUUGUGUAAGCUGAUUGACUAAGCUUGCCAAUGACAGUUACUAAAGGAAGUGGUGUAUAUAUAAUGUUGGGAGAUAGAAGUUGAAUGCCAUCAGCUGUAUAUAUUCAGUUCACUCAAGACCUGGAGCAUCCAUAGCAGAGCCAAAUGAAAGCCCAGUAUGGAGCUUUGUAGACUGCUUCAUACUUCUGGAGCAGGUAGCUCAGACACAAGGUAAUGGGGAUGACUACUUCCCCAUGCUGGUGGAGAUCCGUGGGUUAGAUCCGCUUACAUUACCACUUCUGGGCCCAUUAUCUUCCCUUUCUCUUUACUCUCCCCAGUCCUGACUCCUCUCUGCAGUUUCCUAACUAGUCAUUGUACUUAAUGCACUAGUUUGAUCCACAGAAAUGCUGUUUUGAUGUAUUUACAUAAGAAUCUAUAUUGCAGUAUAUCUAUAUAUACUUACAUAGUAUUGUCAAAUGUAUUUGUCUAACCCCUGGAAGGGUUUGUAACCACUAUUUAGAUUCCUAGAGAAAAGCCUGUUGGCCGUUUCCUAGGGAUUAAGCUCCCAUGUUCUUUCUGCGCCCUCUUUUGGCUAAUUGAUGUAAUUAUCCUGGCUCUUGAGGCUUUUACUAUCCUGUUAGUGGGUUGUAUCGCCAAUCUGUGAACAUGCCAGAGAUAUACACUUAUAGGAACAUAUGUAUAAAAAUGUAAAGUUUUAUAAAAAUUGAAAAUGAAUGUGUUAUUGUUGGUGAUGUUCCUUCUAGGUAAACUGCUUGGCUUCAUGUAUGUAUAUUCUUGUACACUUUUUACUGUCAGUCACAAAUUUUGAUUAGGAUAAGCUAUUUCAUGUAUUUUACUUUAAACCUUAUUUUGGCAACUCAUUUUGUUGGCAUUAUAAAGACUUACUUAAAAUACUAUUUUAUUACAAAACAGAACAUUUAUUAGAGUUGCUGUGGUUACUGUGUUAUCUGGUAUGUUUUACUGAGUAUUAAAAAAGGUACCUUUAAUUUUUUUUCAAUUAAAUUUUGGGAUGGUCCCCUUCCACACACACACAGGCUCAGUUGCCUUAAAAUAACUAGUAAUUGGUUAAUAAUACAAUUUUUCUUUGCUUUUUAAAAAACCUUCUCAGUGAGAGUUAGCCCUGUAGAUUCAAUAGCCCCUUUAUUUGUCCCUUUGAGUAACCACGGGGAUAACUGCUUAGGAAACAAUGGGGCAAGGAGAUUGCCCCUUCGUCUCUACAUUGCAUUGAGGUAUUUAUAAACUUCCCGUUUAAUUUUAGCAAAAUGUGUGUUAACUGAUAUUUUUACAUUAGCAAAGUCACCUCUUGGGAUUCUGCGGUUAAAAUGUUAAGACCAGGCUGCAGAUACUUGGUGAACAAUUAGAGUUGGGCCUGCAAGGUGGCUCUGUACAUAAAGGUAUUUGCUGUACAGGGCCCACUUAGGUGAAGAUGAGAAAAGGACUUGCCUCCAUAGAGUUGUCCACUGACCUCCACCUACAUGCCUUGGCGCUCAUGCCCCUUUCCCAUCAUCAUUCAUUCAUUCAUUCAUUCAUUCAUUGUCUCACACACACCACACACAAAGUUUUUUGAUAUCUAAUUGGAUAAGCUUGAAGUAGGUAACAAAGGACUGAGUUCAGAAUCUUCUAAACAUUAAACAAUCUACUAAGGAGUCUUUGCUACCAGACUUCCAUUUCAAAUUACUAAGCUAGCAGAUGUUACAUGAAAAUAAAAACCUAUUUUGUUUUAUAAUUUGUAUUUAAAAUGGUUUAGUUAACAUAAAAGCCGUUUAAAAUUUUAGCUAACAGUAACCUGUUUUUCAAAAGACAGUUUACUUUUAUUAGUAAUAAAGUAGUGGCUGGUUUGUACCUCAAAUAUAGAGUGCACAAGAUGCUCAGAACUUAAUCCCAAGAAUCAGGAAAAGCUCGGAAGAGGGUAUAGACAAUAGCUACACACUAGAUGCAGAAGAACUGAGCUGAACAUCUCAGAACACUGCAUUAAUGUGGAAAAGUGGUUCCAUGAAGGACGGUGGCUCAUUCUAGCUAUUCCUAAUUAGAUUUUGAGUUAUUUCCAUACAAGUAACUAACUGUUUUUGUUGAAAGAUGUAUUAAUUCUAAACAGUAAUCACAAAGACUCAAAUUCAGAAUACACUUCCAAACAGGAGAUACAAAUGAAUUUAGAUGAAAGCCACAUAGUUUUUUGUGUUAGUUCAUGGGUAGUUUGAAUCUUCUUACAUGGCUUGCAGUGACUUGAUAUGGCACUAAUAUCCAUUAGCAUUAUGCUAACUUCUAUCUAGACUGUCUGUUCUCUGGGUAGUUCUCUUACAUGACAUAUAUCAGUAAGUAGAUAGCCUAGCUACAGUUUACUAAACUAUAGUACUUCAUUAUGUAAAUUUUUGACAUGACCUCUACUAUACAUUCAUUUGUUGGGAAUUUAUUGCAAACAUUAUGUAAUUUACUAAUAGUUAAAACGUAAGACUUUCAUCCACCUCUACUAAUGCUUUGAAAAUCACAAGUAUUGGCAAUUUUAGUUACUAAAUCCUGUAAACUUAGAGUAUUCUACUUGCUAGCAUUAUUGACCAUGUAAUUAAUGAGAGACAACACGAUUCAGUACCCACAAUAACAUCUGUUAUUGCCUUCUGUUGUAGGUACCAUGCUCGGAGCUUACUUACAAAUAAAAAUGUUAGUAUAAUUUAUGUUUAGCUGUUCUUAGGUUCUAUAGUCUUUUACAGUAGAACAUGGGAAGGUGUUCGAAGCUGUUUACAUGAAGUACUUCAUACCAGUGUUGUCACUGUCUGUAGGAACCAAUAUUUAACAGUAGAACAUGGGAAGGUGUUCGAAACUGUUUACAUGAAGUACUUCAUACCAGUGUUGUCACUGUCUGUAGGAACCAAUAUUUAACUUUCUGCUACCUUUGUGAUGGUGAUGUCUUAACUUCAAGAAGUGACUUUUCUCACUUCUUCCAUUAUCUUUAUGUAUUUUUUAAACAAAAUUUAAUUUUUAAAAGCCAUUUUGUUAAAGCCAACAAUAUUUUAUAAGUUCUUUAGAUGUGGUUCUAUUAUCUGCUAAUGAUAAUUUGAAGCAAAUUAUUAUUAUCAUCAUCAUCAUCAUCAUCAUCAUCAUCACCAUCAUUUGGAGACAGAGUUUUACUGGCUUUGCACUCAGAGUCUUCGUACAUUUGCCUCCCACAUUCUGGGAUUAUAGGCAUAUGCUGCUGUGACCGGCUCAGUGCUUAAAAUUCUUAAGUCACUGGUAAUACUGAUCUUUCAUUAUCAUAUUUUUUACUAUACUACAGCUUUCCCCCUGUGUCUGCCCUAGAGUUCAGGUACCAAUGAGUAAUGAAUAUCCAAAAACUAGAUUAAUAAAGUCGGGGACAUUAGUGAGAUGGAGCGAAGGCUAAGUGGACAUGAGUAGUGAGCACCUGACAAGAGCAGACUAGAGACUGGGCGAUGAUAGCCAACACUGUCCUUGCCACCUCCUCAUCCCUGCCCUAUGACACACAUCACUGUAGAGCCCUAUGAUGCACAUGUAGAUGCCUGCACAGGCAUCCUGGGAAGCGUUUGGUUUGAGCUGUUUGAUCUCCACUUAUUGUUCUUUCUCCUUAGCUGACCAGUUACUCUUGAGAGAUUAUUUUUAAUUUCAGAUAAUUGUGUAGGAUAAGUUAACUUAAAGCAUUUUUAGCAUGCACAUGUUAAAAAUAACAUGGAAGUAUAGCUUCCCAAAAUGAAAUGAUAGCUUGCCCAAAGUUUGAAAAGAACUGGAACCUGUCUGAGGAGUCUUAUGGCAAAGAAAGAAUACUGAGUCCCCAGAGAAAAUUAACAACUCAGUUAUGAAGGAAGGGGUCUGUUGGUGUUUGUGAGACCCUAGAGGUCUUCAUUUCUGAAACCCUGUCGGAUUCAUUCCCUCAUGUGUACAGGGAGUGCUUCCCAUAGUUCCUCAACUGUAAUUAAGUAAUUGCAUGUAUAAAACAUAGAUUUCAUCUCACUAGCUUUAUACAGCAAGAUGUAGCCGGAGCACCUGGAACCACAGGCAUGCCUCUGUGCUUUGCUUGCCUGCUUCACUCAGCACAGGUCUGGUUGUUUGUAGGCCGUCAGUGAGAGGGAAGACGCGUCUGCAUCCUGAUUGCUCUGUGUCCACGCCAGUGUGGAUGGAUAAUAUUUUAACCUACUCGUGCCUGAAAUUAGUGUUUUACAACCCGAACAAUUAAAACAUCCUGGUGCUAUUAUUCACUUUAGCAUUGAGUUUCAUUUUUAGUUCUUGAACCAAAGAAUUAGUUUUCUUUUUGGUUGACUGAGAGCUUCUCACAUCUGUGUCUGAAGAAGUGAACAGUUUAUUGACAGCUUCCUUUCAGCAGAGUCCAUGGAAAAUGAAUCUUAUUUAGACUAAUUUUUUUCUGUUAUACACAUUAGUGUGGGCUUUAGUUUUGUACUUUAAUGUAAUGUGGCUACUUUAUAAGGUAUUUUAAUAGGCUGAAGCUACUAAAGAUUAUUGGAUCACUUUUCAUAAGCCCCCCCCCCCGCCCACCUUGGUCUUAAUUUAGCAGUGAAGAAAAAUUAUUCCUAUAAGCAAAGUAUUCUAUUGGACACUUUUAAUGACUACGCAACCAAAUACUAAAAUAAAGGGCAAAUAAUGGGUCCAUUUUUAAUUACAAGUCAAGAAUUCUCUGUGUGUGGGGGAGGAGUAUAAACCUUAAUGACUUUAAAUAUUGAUACAGGUAUUUGCCUAAUGAGAAUCAAAUUAAAGGACAUUUUUAAAAAUAUAAAAUUACAAACACAUGCAUACACAAACGCUUUCCCAAUUGUUAGUCCAAAGGUACGUUAAUUUGAGCAAACAUCCUGUCAGUUGAACUCCACAUCAAAAGCAGUUUGGGUGCUGCUGCUCACCAUACAUGAAAAUUAGAGUCAGAUUGUUUUACAAACUAAUUUUUCAGUGAUUUAUGUAACUGGCAGACUGCAGUCCUCUGGGUAGACUUGUCCAGGUAUAGUACUGCUGCUCAUGGUUGGCUUCUCUGUUCUCUCCUGAAGCUCUACAAACACUUAUCAGUGUUUCCGUAAAACAGAAGCUGCUCCGGCUGAUCACUCAGCCAAACAAGCAACUGCACAGGUGGCUGGGAAGGCAGACAAUCACAUUGAAAAUGCUGUGUCAUUUCCAUCCACGUCAGUCUGUGUCUCCUUGAAUGUUGAUGCCAUAUAUGGUUUUGCAGUGAAUUCUGAAUGGAAAAAAUAAUCAAAUCUAAAUCUUGAAAGGUGACGAGCUCAUGUACAUGAAGUGCGUGUAGAUGAGCAAAUAGGAUAGAAAGCAGGGGAGGGGCUGCGCUGCGGCUCUUGUGAAUGCGUGGCCACUGGAUUGUUUCUUAAUAAUCUCACUGCUUGUCCGAGGCCUAAAAGGCAGAGUGUAGUCAUUUUUCUCAAGUAGGAAAAGAUAGGAGAGAAUUUGCCACUGCUUGUUGUCUCCUGUGUGAUUAUUAAAAAGCAAAGAAAAAUGAACAUAGAAUAAAAGCAACUAAAGAUAUAGAAGGAAGAAAUCCAUCCCAGUCAGAUAUAUAGGAUGAGUGGGCUGUAAGCCCAAGGGCAGACAGAGGGAAACAGAGGGUACUUGGAGGUAGUCUGGCAAGUCUAAUCACUACACCUGUGCCAUUCUGACGCUCCAAAUAUUUGCUAUCUGCUCCAAUUCUCACAUAUCCCUAAUUGAAAAACACUGCUUGCUGUGUACUGUAGGUGCCUAGGAAGGUCCUGUCUUAAACUUGCUUUCGUUCAUCUAUACUGUGUGUAAGUCUGAGGGCAUUUGCCUGCCUCAUCUGCUGUUUUGUUUUGUCUCUUACCCUAAGGAAAACCUUCACUAGUAUUUCCAGUGCUAGUGGUAAUAAGGGCGAGAGUGGGUAAGAGAAUUGUGAGUCCUUUGAGGGGAGGGCGGGACAUACAGUGGGUGGGAACUGUGAGGUAUACUUAAUUGUUUAGAUGAGAUGUCUACACUGGUUCUUCUAAUGAAAACGGACUAUGUAUCUACCUUAAGAACAACAUUGCUUUUAAUUUAUUUUAGUGAUUUUGUUUUAUUCAUGUAAUAUUCUAUUUUCUUUGCAAAUUGCUUUUAAUUUAAAUUGUGGAAUUUUUACUUCUCUUGAAAUGUACUAUGUACUGUAUUUUUAGAAAUCUUAUUUUUAAAUAAAUAUUUUUGAAAAACGUA